CACGGUUACGAUCUCUAGAAUUCCAUCCUUCCCACAUUUUCGAGGACUGUACUCGAUCUCCGUUGCCUUGAUCGACAUCAACGUGUACUGCUCUCGGUUUAUUUACGGUGCGUUGGUCUGAGAUUGCAGCGUACUCUUUCCAUAUCUAAGAAUCUACAUUUGAAAGCACCGUUUCUGAAAUCGCCUCCAACAUGAACGAUUCUUCGUCGUCCCGGACCGAUCCCUUUGCCCCACGAGUCGGCAAACCACUGCUUUGGAGAAAUGUGCAGAUGAAGGCUACUGUGAACAAGAAGGACAGUGAUGGUUCCAAGGUUAUUCUGAAGGAUGUGUGGGGGAGUAUUCCAAAUGGACGUGUGACUGCCAUUAUGGGGCCCUCCGGAGCGGGAAAGACGUCUCUUCUCAAUAUUUUGGCCGGUCGGGUCCAAUCUUCCUCCAAGAUUGAAAUUGAAGCCGAUAUUCGCCUCGGGGACCAGCGUAUUGACCCUUCACAACAAGCGGUGCGUCGCACCAUGGCCUUUGUAGCUCAGGAAGAGUCUCUGCAAGUCACUAGUACCCCUCGUGAGGCGAUUCGUUUCUCCGCUCGCAUGCGCUUGCCGGUGGAUCGGACCGACGAAGAAAUUGACGAAAUGACGAACCGUAUGGUGAAAGAACUUGGGCUCGAGAAAGCCGCCGAUACAGUCAUUGGAGGAGCACUCUUGAAGGGAAUCUCGGGUGGCGAGCGAAAGCGCACGGCAGUCGGUGUCGAGCUGGUUGUACAACCCACUUUGAUCUUUUUGGAUGAGCCCACGACGGGCUUGGACAGCUAUUCGGCAAUUGCGGUUGUUCAAAUUCUCAAACGUGUUGCCACCUCUGGGUCGGCUGUCGCCUUGACGAUACAUCAACCCGCAUCCGAAAUCGUUCAACUUUUGGAUGAGUUAAUUUUGUUGCGAUUGGGGAGUGUGUUGUAUCAAGGUCCGGUCGCGGACAUUCCGCGUGUUUUCGAGAAUGCUGGUCUCCCACUCCCAUCUCGUUACAAUCCAGCUGACUGGAUGUUGCACGUUGCCCAGACGAUUACGACGGAUAAACUUGCCGAAGGUCUGUACCCCAAAGAUAUCCGGGAAUUUCCGCCUUUGCCUCCUCCAUCCCGUUCUGGAUCUACAGGCACGGGCGAAGGUAGGGGCAAGAAAGUUUCACAGUUAUCUCAGAUUGCAGCCUUGACAAAGCGAGAAUUGAUCAAUUUGUACCGCUUUCCUGACGCGAUCUUUAUGCGCUGGGGUGGUGACACUAUACUGGCGUUGCUCAUUUCCUUGAUCUACAAAAGUGUUGGCGAGACGGAUCGAUCGGUCCAGUCGAAUAUUCGCAGCAUCUUCGGUGCCCUCGUAUUCUCGCAAUUGAUGGGACUCUUUGGAUGCGCCGAACCGAGUCUCAUGUACUUUCCUCAAGAUCGUCCAGUAUUUUUGCGCGAGUAUGCCACCAAUCACUAUUCUGUGACGUCCUACUUUCUGAGCCGAACCUUCAUCGAGUCCGUCUUGGCCUUUGUGCAGAUUACGGCUCAAUCUCUUCUUUACGUCUACGUGAUGGAACUAAACAUACCAUUCUGGGAAUUUGUGGGAAUCAACUACGUUUUGAGUAUGGCCGGGACAGGUGUAGCAGUCUUUAUCGGGUCCAUUGUUGAAGACCCCAGGACAGCCACAGAGCUGCUUCCACUUGUAUUGGUUCCGCAAUUGCUUUUUGCUGGCUUUUUUGUGUCAAUUGACAACAUUCCCUCCUGGCUACAGUGGGCUCAGUAUCUUUGCGCUUUGACGUACAGCAUUCGCUUGGCGGUCAUCGGGGAGUUCAGUUCCUGUGG